GAAUUCAUUGUCUCUUUUUAUUUAGACGUGAUCGGUCGAAUAAGUGUAAUUGUACAAAUUCAUAUCAAUAUUAGCGAUAUAUUAAAAUGGCGACUUUGAUUGGGAAAUUAUUCAACGGGUAUCAUUAUUUAUUUGUUGAAAUAUCUGAUCCCAGAACAAUACAAUGGCCGCUGAUUGGAAAACCUUAUUUAGGACUUGGAUUAUUGGCAUUAUAUCUUCUAUUUGUAAUGAAAUGGGGACCAAACUGGAUGGAGAAAAGAAAAGCCUUCAAUUUAGAACGAAUCCUUAUUGCUUAUAACGCUCUACAAGUGAUACUAUGUUUAUAUGUUUUUGUGACCGGGGUGAAAAUUUGGUCUACUUAUAAAUUGAUAUGCGAGCCAACAGAUUUUUCAAAUUCAGAAUCUGGAUUGAAGGCAGCUAAAAUAGUAUAUUGCUAUUUUUUACUGAAAGUCUUUGAUCUACUUGAUACGGUAUUCUUUGUUUUACGUAAGAAGUUCAAUCAAGUAUCUUUUCUUCACGUCUAUCACCACACAGGAAUGGUGAUACUUACAUGGGCUGCCACAACGUACUAUCCAGGCGGUCACGGCACGAUGGUUGGAUUGCUUAAUUCAUUCGUACACGCCGUUAUGUACUCAUAUUACCUGCUCACAGUGGCUUACCCAAAUUUGAAGGGCUCCCUAUGGUGGAAGAAGUACAUCACACAACUACAAAUUCUUCAAUUCCUAAUCAUGGUUGUUCACAUGAGUUGUAUCGUGUUCAUACCAGAUUGUGGCUAUCCUCGCUGGACCUCAGCUGUGUUCCUGCCGCAGAAUCUUUUCAUGCUCAUUCUGUUUGUAGACUUCUAUAUUAAAACUUAUAUAAGAAAACCAAAAACAGAAACCAAGAAAGAGAAAGUUGAGAAGAAAAUUGAAAAUACUGAAAUGCGACGCUUAAUCGAAUCGCGGCAUGUUAAAGAAAAUCUAAACUCUCGUUCGUAACAGUAAAUACAUGUAUAUUAUUAAAAUAAAUAAAAAAAUAAACGCUC